AUGGGCUUGGAGCUGCUUGGCUGCGAUGAGCUUGGCUGCGACGAACUUGGUUUCGAGCUUGGUCUUGAUAAGCUUGGCUGCGAUCUGGGCUUAGAGCUGCUUGGUUGCGAAGAACUAGGUCUGGAGCUUGGUCUCGAUGAGCUUGGUCUCGAUGAGCUUGGUCUCGAUGAGCUUGGUCUCGAUGAGCCCGGCUGCGAAGAAUUCAGCCUUGAAGAGCUAGGCUUUGAGGUUGGUCUUGACGAGCUAGGCUUUGCAGAACUAGGUAUCGAGCUUUUAGGCUGUGAAGAGCUGGGCUUAGAGCUGCUUGGCUUCAACGAGCUCGGCUGUGUUGAACUAGGUCUAGAGCUCUGCCUCGAUGAGCUGGGUUGCGAAGAGCGAGGUUUGGAGCUACUCAGGCGUGCAGAACUUGGUCUUGAAGAGCUGGGCUUAGAGCUGCUUGGCUUCAACGAGCUCGGCUGUGAUGAACCAGGUCUAGAGCUCUGCCUCGAUGAGCUGGGUUGCGAAGAGCGAGGUUUGGAGCUACUCAGGCGUGCAGAACUUGGUCUUGAAGAGCUUGGCUUAGAGCUGCUUAUUUGCGAGGAACUUGGCCGUCGUGACGAACUAGGCUUCGCAGAGCUAGGUUUUGAGCUGCUUGGCUGUGACGAGCUCGGUCUUGAAGAGCUUAGCCGUGACGAACUAAGUUGUGAUGAACUAGGCUUUGCAGAACUAGACUUGGAGCUGUUGGGCCGUGACGAGCUGGGUUUCGAGGAGCUUGGUUGUGACGACCUUGGUCUCGAUGAGCUGGGUUGUGACGAGCUCGGCUUGGAGCUAGGUUUUGACGAGCUCGGCUUGGAGCUAGGUUUUGAGCUGCUUUUCUGUGUUGAGCUGCGUUUUAAAGAGCUUUGCCGUGACGAACUAGGCCUCACAGAGCUAGGUUUAGAGCUGCUUGGCCGUGUUGAGCUGGGCUUCGCAGAGCUAGGUUUAGAGCUGCUUGGUUGUGAUGAAGUUGGCCGUGAUGAAGCUGGCCGUGAUGAAGCUGGCCGUGAUGAAGCUGGCCGUGAUGAAGCUGGCCGUGAUGAAGCUGGCCGUGAUGAAGCUGGCCGUGAUGAAGCUGGCCGUGAUGAAGCUGGCCGUGAUGAAGCUGGCCGUGAUGAAGCUGGCCGUGAUGAAGCUGGCCGUGAUGAAGCUGGCCGUGAUGAAGCUGGCCGCGAUGAAGCUGGCCGCGAUGAAGCUGGCCGCGAUGAAGCUGGCCGCGAUGAAGCUGGCCGUGAUGAAGUUGGCCGCAAGGAAGUUGUCCUCGAAGAGCUAGUUCUAGAGCUUCUUGGUUGCGAUGAGCUGGGCUUUGACCUGCUGGUAGGUUUUGACGAUGUCGUCUGCGACGACUUGGGUGGGCUCAAACUAGAAGGCUUAGAAGAGCUAUGA